CACGUAGAUGGCGCGCAGUCCGUGGCAGAGUGAUUCUGUCAACCAAAGAUUUUGCUGUCAACACACUGCUGAAACUUUCCAACUGUUCAACCACUGUUUUGCUGCAGGAAACUGUAUGAUCUGAGACAAUUUAUUACUGGCCCAUCUUUUAAGCGGUCUGCAGGCUAGCUAACAGACCUGGCUCGCUCAUUUGUUCGCUCCUUGGUCUCGAGGGCUAAAAUGAGUUUUGACGCCGUAGCAGACGUUGACAUUGAUCCUAAGGGGCGAUUCAAGUACAUCCUCGUCAAGGUGUUCAAAGACGAUGAUCUGAAGAACUUUAAGUACAUUGUUAGAGGAUAUUUGCGAGCAGGAUACCAUGGUGAUGUCUUGGAGGAGGUGGAGCCUGGAAUCAGGAAGGCAGGACUUGAUGUGUUCUGCACGGGUGGAGGAAGGAUUGAGCACGAUCCCACCGCCAAGACUCUCAAAGUUUACGGACACUCGACGGGAUAUGGGAAGGCAGAUCAUGAAAUAUCAGUGGAAAUCUUGAAGAAGAAAUACCCGGAAUACAAUAUUACCUGUUCAGAUGAUGGAUACUGAAAUAUGAAUCUACGCUAGGUCCUGUAAUGGCAUUAUCACACUGUGUUGCUAGCAUCCACGAGGUAAUAGUUAGACAAAUUAAAUUAUGUGAAGUAGCGUAUAGACGUUUUUUUUUUAUCCCCGAGUGAUGUGAUUUAUUUCAAGAAACCAUGAUGAAAUCUAUAAUAGCCUAUUGCAACCUAUACGAUAGGUAUGCUCUAAAAGAGAUAGUGAGAAUAAGCUGAGGUUCUAUAUGUAGUUUAAACUUGCAGCUUCUGGCACGUGCGUACAAAAUGAAUUGCGAACGUGUAAGUUUAUACGUAGAACGUCUAUUGGCAACUAACGUUAUAACCGAGAGAAUCUAUUGUUUUCUAUGAAUGUGGAUUGUUUUCAUCAUUAAAUUUUAUAUGUUACA